AUGACCUCCGCGCGGGUGUCCUCCAAAACCUUCCGCUCCCGCGCGAUCUCCUCGUGGGCCUCGUCCAUAGCGCGUUGUUCGUCCUCGUUGGCGGCAUGCACCGCGACGAGGCGGGCUUUGAAAGAGCGUGAAGCAGUGGUAAGCUGCGCUCUCCCCGUGGCCAGAGCGGCGCGCUCCGCCUCCAGCUGUGCUACCUCCCCCGCUAUGGUCGCUUCCAGCCGCCCGAUCACCUCCCGGGAGCUCCCAAGCACGACCGGGAGAGGGUCGGUGGGCUGGCUGGGCUGCAGCUGGGUGCUGGGUCCCCUGCGAGCCUCCUCCGGGGGGCUCGGGGUCCUCGAAAACUACCGCACGGUCAUCCACCCCGGGCUCGGUGCGCUCGGGGCAGGCUCGGACGGCGCCGGACGCUCGGACGGCGGCUGCGUCACCAUCUCAGCCACCGCAUCUGUCGGCCCCUUCUCGACCGCCGCGUUCGCUGGCCCCAUCUCCGCCGCCGCGUCCGUCAGCCCCAUUUCUGCCGCCGUGUCCGCUGGCCCCCGCUCCGCCGGUGCGCUCGGCUCGGGCGCACUCGGCUCUGGCGCUGGCGCCAGCCUCGGCGCCUCUGGCUGCCCCUGGCCUUCGGCGGUGCCCACAGGUGGCCUUUUGGAGAAGGACAAAGACUAA